AUGGACUCAGGGCUUCAAAUCCCAGAUGAUAUAACCUCCAAUAUCCUCAAAGGACUUCCAGCAAAGUCCCUCAUGCGAUUCAAAAGCGUCUGCAGGUCAUGGUAUGCCCUAAUUUGUGAUCCUUAUUUCGCCCGUCGCCACCAUAUCCAUUCGCAUAACAGGCCUGAUGCUUCCUAUAUACUGUUUUAUGCACUAAGACGCAAUAGCAAAGCAAUAGCUCUUUUUCCAACAAAUUCUGAUGGAAUUCUUUCCACCCAACUUCCGCUGCAUAAAUUCCAGCCCAAUUUCGUACCUUGCACUAGUGUUGUCAAUGGCCUAAUCUGUUUGUGCAAUGCCUCUAAUCUUCAACUUCAUUACGUGCUUAAUGUGACCACAGGGGAAACAAUGCUCCUUCCACAGGGGAAACAUUGCCGUGAAUACAGUUAUAAUGAAAUUCUUAGGCCACGUUUUUACCUAGGAUUCGACCCUGUGACAGUCAAGUAUAAGUUGCUUUAUUUUCAUAGAGAUGCAGGUGCAGGUAUCAUACGUGAAUGCCACAUUCUCACACUCGGCUCUAUGUCAUGGAGGGAGAUACAUUGCCCAAACUAUGGUGAAACCAUGCGUGCUGUUUCUUUUAACGGAGCCAUAUACUGGAAACAUAAGGCAGUCAUGAAUGGAAAAAGAUCUUUACUUUACUUUGAUGUCGGGCAGGAGAAAUUUGUAGUAAUUGAAACUCCUCCUGAAAUUGAUAGUGCCGGAGGUACCAUUUCACUCAUCCAAGUUGGAAAAGAUGUGGGUUAUCUCUGCAUCAAAAAUUUUUGCCGCAGUUGGACCUUAUGGACAUUGAACAUUGAUGAUCAUCAGGCUUGGUUAAAGGAUGAGAAAUGUCUUCAGGAUCCGGAUUUAGAGGGCCCUUUCGUUGAUAGACUGAUUGGCAGCACCAACACGGGCGAAGUCAUGGUAAAAGCAAUUAGGUUCAAGCUUGGUUUUAUUUCGCAUGACCAUGUUGAUGCAAAGGAGCCACCGAUAUAUACGAGUUUUAUGAUAUGA